CAGUCAUCCUCACACUAGCCAGGUCCUGAUUCCCUUAGAACAGGACGAGCUGCCUCUGCUCUAUAGCGUCCUCACUUGCUCCUUUGGAAGGGGCUGUUCCAAGCUGGAAUGCCUGCUAGUAAAAUACUUACUGGGUCAUGAAGACUGGGGCCAUCGUUUUUAUCCUCAGGAGUCUGGUAUUGAUAACCUAUCUGCCAACCUACCUGUUGACGACACAAACACAGGAGGACAUCCCUGAGGAGAUAAAACGAGCUGUGGGGAGAGUCAUUGUCAAUACCACAGCAUGCAGUGUUACAUGUGGCCCCGGCUACAAGGAACAGACCGACUGUGAGGUGGGUCCUGAUGGAGUGAGGAGGGACUGCAAAGUCCAGCGUUUGGAGUGUCUGACCAACUGGAUCUGUGGGAUGCUCCAUUUCACCAUUCUCCAGGGGGAGACAUUUGAGCUGAACUGUCUCAGCUCAGGCAUCCUGGAGUCGGGGCAGAAAGGUUUCCGCUUUACCUGGAAGCUUGCUCGGGGCAUCAUCUCUAUUAAUGAUGAGCUUUUUAAACCCUUCAAAGCCAACUCCCCCUUCCUACUGUUUAUACCAGCCUAUGAGUAUAACUCUGGGACAUAUCGAUGUGAUGUGGAGCUGCUAAGAAACUUGAAAAUUGUCAAGAGGCUCUAUUUUGGGCUGAGGGUCCUUUCUCCAGAUUUGGUAAAACUAAAUUUCCAGGAGUCCCUUACUGAGAAUCAGAAGUUGAUAGACGAAGGCUGGGAAGUUAAUCUGGACAACGAGUCUAAGCCUCACCUCCCAGUGUGGCAAAAGAAAGUGACAUCGGCCUUGGGCAUAGGGAUCGCAGCUGGAGUGGUUGGCGGUGUGUUGGUGAGCGUUGUUGUCUUCAGAGUCCUGGGAGGCAGCAGGAACCUCAGCAGCUUAUAAUGCAUGCCUUCCUCCUGGGAGGCUGGCUGCCCAGGAAGCCCAGCUAGCUUGUAUGUGAGUGUCCUGUGCCUCUGAUGGUGAAGUGGCAAGAGAGGGCUCUGAGCCAGAGUUGGCUAAGAGGCUGGGAAGAUGCAACCUCCUGGUCGUUUAGGGCAGCAUCCACCAUCGUAUUCAGGUUUCCUUGAUCCUAGGUGCUCAGUAGACCCACUGCAGGCUCUGCUUCUGUCCCUAGGGAGAGUUCUGUCUUCCAAGGUUUUUAUGCCAGGCUUCCCGGUGUGUGUGCUGCUCACCCCUGCUCCACCUCUCUGAACAUUGUGUAUGGACCAGAAUGUACUUAAUCACAGCCUUUUAUUUGGGGAAACUUUUUAUUUUUGUUCAAUAAAAAUAAUUCACAGGAACUGUAUGGCAGCCUAA